AUUGUAAUCUACAAGGUUAAAAAUUUUAUGUAGGUUGAUGGUUGCUGCUCUCCAUUUUAAUGAGAACUCUUCAAGAAUGCAGGCAGUUACAAAGGAGGGAAACCUGCAGUACAAGAUCAGCUUUCCCAAGUUCAAGCAUGGCGAAUAUAGUGUUCGCAUGAAGACUGUAGAUUCAACGUUUGGGUAUGCAUCUGAUUUGAUGACAGAGACUCUACGAUACGUUGAGGUAUCAUCCCGGACACCAGCACCCGCCUUUCCACCUGCGCUCUGUUUGCCUCAGUUGCAACCACCUCCUCUGUGCAGUGAUUUUCUUCACCCUGAAAAGGAGGAAGCAGUGUUUAAUUUCCAGUCUCGGUUUGGGAGGAAGGAGACAUCUGUGUAGGAGAUUCUAGCCCUUGUAUACAUAGAACUGUAAAUAUCAGUUGUGGAUACUCAUGCUGUAGUUUG